AUGACUGACGACGUCACUAGACCAAGAUGGGACAGUUUUUUUGUCGGUCGGCCCACCCGAAAGAACGUGGUCAAAUUGAUCGAUGGGGGCGGUUGGCAUACUCUUUUUUUCGCCUUCUGAUAUAAAAAGGAAACGAACCUUCUCAUCUAUACCUAAUCAGAUUCUAGCAAAAAUGAACUAUUUUGGAAUUUUCUACGUCUUGGUCUUUUUCGCUAUCGCUCUGGGUAAGUGUUUGGAGUUUUCCUUCAUAGGCAAAGUCGGAAAAACCGUUUGAGAGUUUUUUAUAGAUCAAAUGGCUUCCAUUAAUGGUUCCUAAACAGGUGGCAACGGUUUCCUUUUCACUGCCUUUUCCGUCCUUUCAUCGGCCUUUAUCCACCCUUUUUGCACCCUCACUCUUUCUUCACCCUGUUUCGAGGCCAGCUAGAAAAAGAAGGCUCAAAAAAGACCGCAAAACGGAACCCUUUUAGUGAUCAUUUUGCAGUCACUCUGACUUUGGCAGUGUUUUUGAAAAAAAAAAUGCUCAAAUCGCUUCAAAUCUUGAAUUUUUUUGAGCUGAAUUUUUUUCUCAACUAAGUUUCCAAAGUUUCAGUUGUCCCCAGCAACGCCAGCGGCCUCGACGACCUUUACAAAAACCUGAUCAAAAAGCAAGAAUUGGUGAAAAAUAAGCAAAUCAUCGACUUUAUCUCCCGCGCAGUUCCCCAAGGCAUCGAGGCGCCUAACCCAAAAAAAUCGCCGAGUGAGUUUUUGGGUUUAAAAAAUAUAUAUAUAAUCAUUUAUUUAAAGAUAUGAAACGUUUAAAUCGGACAAAUCGUCAAACUUUGUCAAGGACGGCCAAGGCCACAUCGUUUUCCGGCAGUUCCGACGCCUUCGACUUUCUGAUGUAAGUUCAAAAAUAAUUAUUACAUUUUUCUAUAACUCUCCUUUACAGAUUCUCGGAAAAAGACUUCGCGGAGGCAUCUGAUCAACUUUUUUUCAAUAGGAAGGCAUCGACGAUACUCAAUUUCCAUCAAUACGUGGCUUCAUCUUUUUUUAUUUGUGAUGAUAAAAAAAUACGUGUAUAUUAAAAAAAUUAAUAAAAAUAUUUUUAAUUUAUAUUGAUGUGUGUACAGGAGAAAUAUGCAGAAAGAAAGAAUUCAGAAAUUUUUUUCAAAAAUAAUUUUUUUCUAUAUUGAAACUAUGUAAAAAUGAAAAAGUUUAGUCUCCAAAAAAAGUUGAUUUUGGAAAAAAAGUCUAUACUUUGAAUCUUGUGAAUUUCAUCACUAGAAACGGAAACUAUGAUGCCAAAAAUUUGCACAAAAAAUCUUAAAAAAGGCUAUAUUUCUUAUAAGAUCAAAAGAACACCAAAAACCACUGAUCUCAUUUUUCCCAUCUUCAAACUUUUCUUGUCUAUUUUAAGACCCAAAUCAAGUUCUAAAUUAAGGAACAGAACCCAAAAAUCCAUCUUUUGGCCAUGUUUUUGUGUCAAAGACCAUCGACAUUCUUGGCCGGAAGAGAGAUGAGAAGAAAAACUCCAAAAAUAGAUCAGUUGGACGAUCAAAGAGAAGACGGAAUUAGAAACUGUAGAAGACAUGAAAAACAUUGUGUUUUGGUGGGGAUUGAAGUAGAGACUAGGCUAAAUCAUUCAUCUUAGUUCAUUCUUUCACCCAAGAAUAUUAUUUUUUUCUCUUUCUCAUUCCUCGUUUUUAGCCGCUAAACUUCAAAUGAAACUACCUUUAAAAAAAAGCUUCACACAGUGGUUUUUAGUUUCAUAAGCGUGUUUUUUCGAAUUUUAUGAAUUUUUUUUUUGAAAUUCCCGCCGGAGGAUUUACAUGACAAAAAACUUUGGUUAGAACAGAAAAAUUAAAAUUUGAAAGAAACGAAAAAAAAGGAAAAAUCCGAAAAAAAUGGCGCAGCGUGUUGUCCAUAGAGCAACUUUACUGCAAAACGCCCUUUUUGUAAUCUCUACAAAGUGACAUAUUUUUUUAAAUAUGUUGUCCCUGUGCCUUUAAAGGAGCAUAGCAAAAAGUUAGUAUUGAAAAAAAUGAAUUUUUUUAAAUAUAGAAAAUGUAUUCAGUUCCGAUUUUUCUUAUUAUUUCUUCGAAACUCUUGAAAAAUUUCAUUUUUUUCAAAUCUUUCAGAAGUGAGAAUACAUAGUGGAAUACCGCUUUUCAAGAAAAAUAUAGGUUUUUUUCUAGUUUUUAUCUUUGCGGACCUAUAUUUAGAAAUGAGCUUUAUGAAACUAGUUGAGAGUUUGACAAGCAAACACGCGAUUUUUUUGAGAAUUUUCGAGCAAACAAAUGUUUUUUGUUCAACUACAAAGAUCAGGGUGAAGUUGGUACUUUCUUCUUGAAUUUUUGGAAAUUAGGUUAGUUUAGAACGCUAAAAAAGCUUAUACGAGCGGAAAAUUUAUUAAAAUUGAAGAAGAAAAGUCGGUUUUCUGUACAGAUUCCUACAUAGGAGCUUUCAAAAAAAUUCAUUUAAAUCAUUUUUUUGAAGAACUUACCAUGUUUCAAACGCUUAAAAUAAAUGUGAAAGGCUUUAAAAUGAGUAAAUAAACCCUGAAAAUUCGAGUAGAAGUUUUGAACUUCAAGCUUUUUCUUGGGGAAAGAUUUUCUCUCUUCUAAAAGGUUUUUAUAGCCAAAAACUUCCUAAAACAAUUUGAUUUCCCAACAAUUUUGACCCGGGUUUCAAAAAGUGACGAAAAACCCGUAAAGUUAACCCAACAAACCAAAGUGUUUGCUUUAGGGCUUACUUGGACCAGUCACCCCAUUUUGAAUUUCUAGCGCCUCAUCUAAAACUGAAGUAAACUCUCGAAAGUUCUAGGAGCUUCAUAGUUUCGAAAAGGCUCAGAAAAACUAAAUAAAGCUUUAUUUUUCGGAAAAUAAGGCCAUGACUCAACACCAAAGUUUACUAUCAUCACUUGGACAGGUAAAUGUUUACCUUUGAACUGCUUGGCAAAGAGUCGAGGUAUAAAGGCGGCUCAAAGACGGCAAGCCCCCGUUAUUUCUUGCCACACACUUCUUUUGUAUGUUGGCUCGAUAUCUUCCAGUUCUUGCCACUUUUAUUUUCCUUGUUAAUUCUUUUGGUAUCACUGAUCCGAGGGAACUUGCCGCCUUGUUAACGCCGAAUCGACCCGUUCAAGUUGGUUUUUUCAAAGUUUUAUGAAUGAAAUCUAGUAUAAAAGAUGCAAGGAAAGCUACUGUUUCAAAGAUAAUUUCACUAGUAACUACAAAAAUUUCUGAAAAGGCUGUGAAAUGUGAUAUUUGAUGAUCCUGAAAAAUUGCAUAACUGUAUUAUUUGUCGAGAAGGACCUUCUGAAACGUGAUUUUUCGACUUUUUUUUUCUGUAAAAAGUGCACUCUUAAAAAAGGAAAAGAUAUUCAAAAUAAAUUUACAGAGAGACGAACGACAAGUGAAUCGAGACCCUUCAUAUAAAUGGCCAAAAGCGACGAUUCCUUACUUUCUCAAUGAUAAUUUGUCAAGUUAGUCUUUUUUCUUUACAAUGUUUCCAAGAAACUUGAACUACCAAGUGUUUUCAAGUCACAAGAACUCAUUCUAAAAAGUAAGGAAAUUAAAAAGUUUAAAGUAAAAAUGACGUAAAUAGAUCAAUUCUAAGCCGUCCUAUUGGAAAAAGCUUCAAUUUUUGUCCAGAAAAUAAAAAUUUUCGAAAAUCUCAGAAGCCGUGAUAACAUCAGUCACAAAAGCGAUCGCCAACAUUGAAAAAAUGACGUGCGUCCGAUUCCGACAAGUGCCGAAGACUUACGAAGGUGACGUCGUCAGAAUCACCGACAACGACGCCUGCGCGAGUCCCGUCGGAAGGAUCGGAGGACAACAGGAUGUAUCCUUAUCGAAAGACUGUUAUGGGGUUGGUUUUCGAAGCACCACUGGUUAGCUAACGGUAAACGGGUUAAAAAUGGUCUAAAGUGCAAUCCUUGGAACUUCUCUAAUUCGGAAAAAUAAAAAAAAAAGUAAAAAAUUUUUCAUUUAAAUGAUAAGCUUCAAAUCAAAAAUUAAACAAAUGAAUUUGACAGUCGUUAAAAUCAAAUAUACCCUCGUGAUAUAACCCCGAUUCAUCCUUGAACGUGGUUUCUAUCACUUGUAUAUUCACUUGUUUAUACAAAAAAAUGUUUGAAUAUAAUUAACAGCUUGGAAAUUUGAAGCAGUUAAAAAUAGAAAAUCGUGGAUAUUUUUAAUAUCAAGCGUCAACUUUUCAUUGCAAGAAAGACAUAAACCUUUUAAACUCGUCCAGAAAAUAGUACCAUGUUCAAAAAGCUGCUAAGUUGUUGAAAGGCGCAAAAUUCUUGCUCGACCCGAAAUUUCACAGACAAUGAUUCUUUUGGGAAGAUAAUUUGAACUGGAAUCAAAAAUAAUAAAAAAAAGCAAACGAAAAAUUGUAAUAAAAAAAUCCACUGAUAGUGAUUGGCGUCAACUAAAAUGUUUUUCGUGCAACUCCCUGCUGCUUGAGCACGUAAACAGAGAACACCGUAAGGUAUAAAAUUCGAGUUUUUUGGGAAGAUUUUAUCAAUGAUAAACUUUUUAUAAAAUUACCACUAGGUGUACUUGAAAUGGUUUUUGCGAACUUCUUUGUUCUUUCCUCGUUCCAUGAAUUUCAUGCCCUUUUGAGAAAUAUAUUUUUAUUUUUUGAGGUCGGUACAGCUCAACAUGAACUCAUGCACGCAAUUGGAAUCGAACAUACCCAGUCGAGAAGCGACCGCGACAAUUACCUCCGCAUUCAAACUCAAAACAUUGACGUUCGUUUUUUUCAUUGAAAUUUUAAUAUUUCCUAGUUUUUAGCCGGACGACCUGCCGAACUUUGAGCUUCUCCCAGCGAGCCAAUGGAUGAACUUAGUUCCUUAUGACUAUGGCAGCGUCAUGCACUACACAGCCAACUCGUGAACCUCUUUUGUUUAUUUUUGAAGUUCUAUUUUAAAUUCAGAUUCUCCAAGCAAGAUGACCAGGAAACGAUUUUGCCGCGAGACAAGGACUUUAUCGAGACGAUGGGCAGUGAAAUUCCGAAUUUCUACGACUACGAGAACAUCAAUAUCUACUAUCACUGUCAUGGUAAUUUAUUAAUUUUUCAUCGGCGAGGGAAUAGAGAGCGCAGACAGGUCAGAGAGAUUGUCAUUUUUCAGACAACUGCAUCGGCUCGAUGACAAACUGCGCCAACGGCGGCGUUCCAAACCCAAAUAAUUGCAAGAUCUGCAACUGUCCUAUGGGUUACGGUGGCGAUUACUGUGAUCAGAGGGUAUAGAAGAUAUUUCGAAGAAAAAUGAACCUUUGAAUUUUUCAAGCCAAGCGGAUGUGGGGCCACUUUCGUUGCCUCGCCUCAGUGGCAGAGACAAGUCUUGUCGGUGAAAUACGACAGGUCUCGAGACGAUCAAUUCGUCUCUUUUUGCAAUUAUUGGAUUAUGGUAAGAUUUGAGGAAAUACACUGUAUCUCUGUUUCAGAGAAGCUCUUUGAAAAAAAAAGAGCGCUCUUCAGAAUUUAAAAAACCUAUAUCUUAGUCCGUUUUUUGCGACUUGAAAGGGCGGGACUUCUCUGCGCCCUCCUUAUCUCUCGACGUCUCUCUCCCGCUUACGUGCUAUUUCCAUGUUUCUCUGAUCUCGCCGGUGAGGGAACAGAGAGACGCAGACACUCGAAAACUGUCGAGGCAGACGGACUAUAGCAGAGAUAAAGCAAGAGAUAAAGAGAGCGCAGACAGCUAGAAGGUUUCAAUUUAUGGGGACUCGACUAUACUCCACUGAACAAUGUCUUUGCUCAGAGAGAACAAGAGAGUCCAUAAAGCUAGAUUCUUUUCAAGCCGCUUUGAAUGGACUCACACUCCAUUCACCACGACUUGAAACUGUCAGACCUCUCUGCGCUCUCUUUUCCCUAGCUGAGAAAGAAGAGAGAACAGAAGAAGCAUUCCUCUCAAAUGUCCGUGAAUGGACUAUCAUUGAAAAUGGUCAUUCUAGGCCCCCAGAGGCUCACGAAUCGCGGUUUCUUAUGAAACGGCGGACAGUAGACAGCCACGGAAGAUCUGCGGUUUUGGGUGUCCUGAUGGUGGAAUCGAAGUCAAACAUCUGGACGAUCCUAGGAUCACGAAUGAGAGGUUUGUAGUACAAUAAACGGGAAAAUCACCAUUCAUUGAGUAUAGUUCAUUCACCGUUACUUUGAGGAUCUCAUAACGAUUAGGGCUACAGUAACCCAUCAAGCAUUUCAUGUUGAUAGAACAAGAAGAAGUGUAAAAUUUCCUAGCUAGAAACAAAUUUCUAACUUUCCACAAGAAAAGCUGCAGUAAAAAAAAAUUACUUUUUAUUUUCUUCCGACUUAAAAAGGAAUGGUCGCACGGGGAGUGGCUCAACCUUAAAAGCAAAGUGCCCCCGACUUCAAACGGCUUACGCGUCGAGCUAUUCCAGAUGCGACCAGAGAUCUUCGAGUCGUGCCGGCAGAAUAACUUUCGAAAAAUAUUCUAAUAUGGCCCAUAAAAAGAAAUCUUUUUGAUUUUUCGCCAAAAUUAUGCCUAUCCUAGUACAACUACAUACAAGUAGGAAAAUACUUCAUAGGAUUUUUCCAGAGACUGCUGUCUUCUGAAGCCGAUCUCAGUCAACACGACGGUGAAUCCGAUGCCGAUAAUUCUCUACACCGACUCGGCGGAGGUCAAAUUCAACCUUGAUUUCCGGUAUUUCUGAUCUCCCCUGAGCUUUGUUAUCUGAAAAAAACGGGUGAAACACUGCGGUUUUUCAGAAAAUUACAUGUAAAUUGUUGUUUUUUUUCUUGCAAUGAAAUUUUGAAAAUAAAUCGAUGUGCUAGAUUGCAAUAAGCAUUGGGAAAAGAAAAGAAACUUAUUCAAGUUCAAUUCAAAACAGUUUUUUGAUCGGAUCAGUUUGGAAAUUAUUUGAGAUGAUUCUCUGGAUGACCAAGAAAAGCUCAGGAGACCGGGCGGCUGUGACGUCAAGAUCAGAAAAGGAACCGUUCCACAAUGACGCCAAAAACUUUGCCAUAGCGGGGCGUGGAGGCAGCAAAAAACAAUCAACGAAACUUGCAAAUUUAUUCAAAAUAGAUAUUUCAAUUGAAUAAUUUUGGCUAGGAGCCCUAAAGAAACGCGUUUCAAAGAAAUUUUUUUUCCGACAAGAUUCUGCACCAAAAAGCAGAAAUAGUUUUCCUUGUGACGUGAACCGACGACGUAGUUGGUCAUUCUUCUCUCUUUUCUCCCCCCCUCCUAUAAAAGGAAUGCCAAGGCGACAGUUUCCCCACCCUUCUGAGCUUCUUCCUAACCAACGAUCUCCUUGAGCCUCUUCUGAAACAUGAACUUCCUACAGUCGGUUCUUCUCUUUCUUCUGUUCGCCUCGGUUUCUUGUCAGCUUUACUGGGCCUACCCGAUGUUCAGCGACUCGCAUCCCUUCGAUUCCAACGACUUGAAUCGGAUUCUGGCCAACGACGACAUGUUCUUCGAAGUUUAUCGCUUCAACAACUACCAUCAAUGA